UAGCUAAGUUACCUUUCAGCUGUUAAACUGGACAUGGUUUUACCAACGACAUGAUAUGGUCUUUGACAGUCAACUGUUAUCAUCGACAUGUCGGUUGUUUUGCUACUAGCCUAGCCUUUACUACAGUGUUAAGCCGAUAAAGUGAACAUGCAGCAGACAGACUGAAUGUGUCUGUGUCAGCGAGACUAACAUUCCUUACCAAUAUUUGUCAAGUCUAGACAUGCCCGAUUCCUUAUCAAGUGAACCUGGUUCGAAGGUUUCGGACCCACAACAUUCCCAGAAACUCCUCCGAGUCCUCCGCCUGUUCUGGCAGGAGCAAAGUUUCCAUGAUGCGCUGCUGGUGGUGGAUGGCGAGGAGCUUCCUGUCCAGAAGAACAUCCUGGCUGCUGCCAGCCCUUAUGUCAGGACCAAGCUGAACUACAAUCCUCCAAAAGAAGAUGGGUCUACAUACAGAAUCGAGCUACAGGGGGUCUCCAUGCCCAUCAUGAAACAAAUCCUGGACUACAUUUUCAGCGGAGAAAUCACUCUGAAUGAAGAGACCAUCCAGGACAUGGUUCAGGCGUCUGACCUGCUCCUCCUGACCGACCUGAAGGCCCUGUGCUGCCAGUUCCUAGAGAGCUGCAUCACUGCAGAGAACUGUCUCGGAAUCCGGCUCUUUUCUUUGCACUACUGCCUUAACCAUGUCCACUUUGUCGCCACGGAGUUCCUGCAGACACAUUUUGGCGAUGUGGCCCUCACUGAGGAGUUCAGGGAGCUGCCCGCGGACCGCCUCUGCGAGGCGCUGGCCAUGGAGAAACUGAAUGUGGGCAACGAAAGGCACGUCCUGGAGGCUGUGGUGCGAUGGUUCGGACAUGACUCAGAGGAUCGCAAGGUACACAUGAAGCAAGUGAUGUCUGCAGUGUGGCAGCAGGGUCUGGAUGCAAGCUACCUGAAAGAGCAGGCCAUGGGAGAGCCGCUGAUGAGGGAGGUGAUCAGAGAGUACUGCCAGCAGGUGCUGGGCGUCGGCCCCCUGCAGGGUGAGGCUAUGCUCGCCGCCUUCAAACCCAGAGGUUACUCAGAAUGUAUUGUCAUAGCCGGAGGAGAGGAUCGCAAAACCAGGAAGCCGACCUCUGAGACGCGCUGCAUGUGUCCGCUCUACGACUCCAGCAGGCAGGCCUGGAUUACGCUGCAGCCCAUGAGCGCCCCCCGCCUGGGCCACGGGGUCGUCACUGCCGAGGGUUUUCUGUUUGCGAUCGGCGGAGCAGAUGAACACAACACAGUCCUAGACAGUGGAGAAAAAUAUGACCCUGACACCAACACCUGGAGCCCUAUACCCCCAAUGCUACAGCCGCGUCAGAACUUUGGCGUGGUGGAGCUGGACGGUCUGAUCUACGUCCUCGGAGGAGAGACCAAAGAAUCAGAGCUGAUCACUGUGGAGGUGUUCGACCCUCACUGCAGUGCCUGGAAAAUGCUGACCAGUAUGACCAUGAUCCGCAAGGUGGGUUGCUACGCCUCCAUGAAUAAGAAGAUCUAUGCCAUCGGCGGGGGCUCCUACGGGAAGCUGUUUGACUCCGUUGAAUGCUACGACCCGAAAACCCUGCAGUGGACGGGCCUCUGUCCUCUGAAGGAGAGAAGGUUUGGGUCGGUGGCGUGUGGCGUUGGCAAGGAGCUCUACGUGUUUGGCGGAGUGAGAAGCAAAGAGCAAGAAAACCCCGAGCAAAGGCAGAUGAUGACCUGCAAGUCUGAGUUCUACCAUGACGAGAUGAGGAGGUGGAUUUUCCUGGAUGACCAGACCCUGUGUAUCCAGACCAGCUCCUCCUUCGUUUAUGGCGCUGUGCCCAUCGGAGCCAGCAUCUAUGUGGUUGGAGACCUGGACACCGGAACCAGUUUCGACUACAUCAGGGAGUUUCGCCGCAGUACUGGGACGUGGCAGCGCACCAGACCCAUGUUACCCAGCGAUCUCUCCAAAACAGCGUGCGCAGGCCUGCGCAUCGCCAACUGUCGACUGUUCCGCCUGCAGUGGAGCCAGGACAUGUUCCGGGUCCGAGUUUGACCCUGUGGGCGCCACACUCCACUUUUGCACACUGCUUCUGUCUACCUGGGUUUGGGGAUUUUAAGAACACUAAAGUAUUAUAUUGGCUAGAGUUGAGGGUUGUGACUCUCAGUUCACGGGCUUAUACGAGAAUGAGACACAGGAUAAAAGUUCAUCUUUUUGACAUCAUAGGUUUAAUGGCUUUUUUUAUAAACCUUUAAUAUUUGUUGCUUUUUACUGUGGGAAUUGCUUCAUAUUGUAAUGGACAUUCCUCAUCAGUAAUGUUAACUGGUGAACUGUUGCUUGGUGAGGGAUCAAACUACAAACAAUUAUUGAUAAACUGCUACUUUAUUACACAAGGGACUUUAAAAUAAAUUAUAAAAGUGCUGUGUUACAAUUUGAGUUUUAGGAUGUAUUAUGUUUAUUAUUUUUUUAGUCUUGUAUUGUCCAUCUUUCUGGUCAAUCAUUAACAUACAUAAUCAUUUGACCUAAUAUUUCUUACAGCUGCAGUGGAGGUGUAAAUACUAUAGUAAUAUAAAUCUUUAAGGGGAAGGCAGACUUUGGUGUCGGGCCCUGACAAUUAGAGAGAACUGUGGUCUUCUAUGUAAAAUAACAAUGAUUUUGUGGGUUUGUAGCAUGGCACACUGUGCGAGUUGGCUCUAAUAAAAUAUUGGUCGUAAUCUGUGUCAGACUACACUGUAUCACGUUGAGGACCAACUUUUUCAUUUACAUUGUAGAACUACCAUGUCAAUAUUUCAAUAAGUGCUCAAAUGUUCACAUUUGCAAGGGUAUCCAGCGUGACUUCAUGUCCUCUUGAUUUGAAGGCCAGUGGGGUGGGUGGGUCAACAAAAUGUCUGACUUUGAGACAUCAAUUAUUGAGACAUUUCCGUUUCCUGGCAACAGUCAACAUUACCAAGGAUUUAUUGUAGCAAUGACAACCGAAUGCAAUGUAGUCAUUUUGAAUCAAACCAAGAUCCCUCAGAGCAUUACUUUACAAAUACUUGUUGUCCAACAAAUGAUGUCAUUCUGCCAAUAAAGUCUUCAGGUCAGAAAGUU